AUGGGAGGACAAGCAGAUAUGAAGCAACUUGGACAAGCGAGCCAGGUACAGAAAGCGCGGGACCGACUAGUCGUCAGGCAGGCAGGCAUGCAGGAUGGACAAGCGAGCCAGCGAAAAGCAACAACCGUAGAGUCGAAGGCUCUGACAUUGUCAGAAUGCACUCUUCAGAGCGCGGGGCCACCAAGGCGUCAGAAUGCACUCAACACAGUGCGGGACCAACAAGUCGUUAGGCACUGGCAUCGCCAGAAUGCACUCAACAAAGUGCGGGACCAACAAGUCUUAAGGUACAUCACAAGAAGCGAGCGAGCACAAGCAAAUGUGAAAGAGGAAGCGGAAGGAAAAGGUAGCCAGCGACAAGUAACAACCGUGAACUUGAAGGCACUGGCAUCGCCAGAAUGCACUCAACAAAGUGCGGGACCAACAAGUCUUAAGGCGAAUGGGAAAGAGGAAGGAGCAGGAAAAGGUAGCCAGCGACAAGUAACAACCGUGAACUCGACGGCACUGGCAUCGCCAGAAUGCACUCAACAAAGUGCGGGACCAACAAGUCUUAAGAAUGCACUCAACAAAGUGCGGGACCAACAAGUCUUAAGGUACGUCACAAGAAGCGAGCGAGCACAAGCAAAUGUGAAAGAGGAAGAGGAAGGAGAAGCGAGCCAGCGACAAGUAACAACCGUGAACUCGAAGGCACUGGCAUCGCCAGAAUGCACUCAACAAAGUGCGGGACCAACAAGUCUUAAGGCGAAUGCGAAAGAGGAAGGAGCAGGAAAAGGUAGCCAGCGACAAGUAACAGCCGUGAACUUGAAGGCACUGGCAUCGCCAGAAUGCACUCAACAAAGUGCGGGACCAACAAGUCUUCAGGUAACGGCUGUGCUCCGUGCUCCUGGUGAUGGGCAUCAACGACUUGUGGGAGGCACGUUCCCGUUCUUCACUCGCCGGGUGCUCAAACCUGCUGCAGCAACAGUGCCUAUCGUGUCUCUCGCCAUCCAGGGACGCUACGAGGGACCCACACCACAUGUGCCCAAUAUUGUGGGCGUGGACGCAAGGCAGCUCAUUGGUGGCAUCAUGAUCAUUGUUGCUUUUUCUAGCGCCACUUAUAAACUCUAUUUCGCUCGUCUCGAUGACGUCGCUAACAUAUCCACUUUCAUCGCAGGAAUCCUACACCACACGACAUCCCCUCCGCCUUCCCCGCAGAAUGAUGUCCUCAUCCACGCUGCACUUUGCCGCAGCGCACAAGCAUCAACCCAGCGCAUUGUACUCUCCCAAUGGCAUAUCAGUUCGCACCUCCAGUUCGUCUUCUCCUUCCUCGCCAUCGUCGCUCUAGGCAUGCUGUACGAGUACCUCCGCGUGUACUCGAGGGACUUUGAUACCUGCAUCGCGGAGAAAUUGAGGGGCGGGCGUAGGAUGCCACUUACUGCGAGUUGGCGCAGCUUGCCUGAACCUGGACUCCAAUUUUCGGGGUUGGAGAGUGUCGCUGGCAUGCUGUGGGAGGUUGACGACGGGACAUUUGUUUUAGGGUAUUUUACCGGUUGA